CGCAUAUCGACCCCGUUGCGCCUUGCUAACCGCACUGCCGUCUCCACACGCGCAGGAGCUUGUUCGUCACCGCUUUGCAAGUCUCGCGUCUUCCGCCAGCAGCGCUUCUAUUCUUCCGAGCCCCCUCGCGCUGGUAACAGCCAGAUCAAGUUCUGGCCUUUCUUCGCGCUCUUUGGAUUGGCGUCGGCAGGUUACAUCCAGCUGGCAAACUCUCGUAUCAAAAAAACAGACGACAUGUCUCCUGCGAUCGAAAACCAAGCUCCGGCCGCGGCGCUGCCUGCCCGCGAUGCACCGGUGUUCAGCCCUGCCGACGUGACCGUCGUUUUUGUCCUCGGUGGCCCCGGCGCUGGAAAGGGUACACAAUGCGCCAGGCUCGUUGCUGAACAAGGCUUCCACCAUCUCUCUGCCGGCGACUUGCUGCGCGAAGAGCAGGACCGACCUGGGUCCCAAUUUGGUCAAUUGAUCAAAGACUACAUCAAGGAUGGUCUUAUCGUCCCCAUGGAGGUUACCAUCAAGCUGCUUGAGAACGCCAUGACGGCUGCGCUCAAAGAAAAGGGCACCACCAAGGGCCGCUUCCUGAUCGAUGGCUUCCCCCGUAAGAUGGAUCAAGCCCAUAAGUUUGAGGAGGCCGUCUGCCCCGCCAAGGUCGUCUUGUUCUUCGACUGCCCCGAGAAGGUUAUGGAGGAACGCCUGUUGGAGCGGGGCAAGACGAGCGGUCGAACAGAUGAUAACGCCGAGAGCAUCCGCAAGCGCUUCCGCACAUUUAUCGAGACCAGCAUGCCUGUCGUCAACUUCUACGAGGGCCAAGGCAAAGUCAUCAAAGUUGACGCCACGCCUUCUCCCGCGGAUGUCUCUGUGACAACAAGCAAGCUUCUUACCGAGAAGCUUUCCUCUUAAUCUCAGACUGGGGGUCCGUCUACGCUGAACUCAAUACGCGAAAAGAGGGGGAGGGGGAGGGGCGCUUUUACAAGGGCGAUGGGUUCUAGAAAUGGUGCUUUGGAUUAAAGAGAGCGCAUGUGUAUUAUUUAUAGAAGGUAUAUUACUAGAAGGGAAGAUUGGUUUGGUAACCUGGCCCCUCCAUUGUCACCUGUAACUGUAUAUUAAAGAGGUUCUCUCUGCCAGAGAGUUGUCUCCACUUGAAUUAUUCUCUCUUACUUGAUACCUAGUAUAUAGUAUCUCUUUCUUUUUAAUUCUACAUAUUCUAAAAU